AUGAGCACAAGGCGGGUGGUGGUGGACGCGCCCGCGGGGGCCAGCUCCAGCAUGCCGCUCCAGAGGCACAAGGCAUCCUUCCGGGGAGCACAGUCAUCGUCUUCCCUGGAUAGCCUCCCAGCCUCCAGGACUAUUGCCGUGGGUGGUCUUGCCCGCACACCCAGGGUCUAUGUAGGCAUGACACCCAGUGGGUGCACAGGUGGCCUGGGUGCCCGCGUGACCCGCCGGGCCCUGGGCAUCAGCAGCGUCUUUCUGCAGGGCCUGCGGAGCUCAGGCCUGGCCACGGCACCCACUCCAGGCCUGGAGAGGGACCUCAGUGCCGUCGAGGACCUGGGGGGUUGCCUGGUGGAAUACAUGGCCAAGGUGCACGCCCUUGAGAAAGUCAGCCAGGAGCUGGAGGCACAGCUGCGGAUGCACCUGGACAGCAAGACCACGCGCUCAGAGAGCUGCAGCGCCCUCCGGGCCUCAUGGACCAGCAGCUGCCAGCAGGUGGGCGACGCAGUCCUGGAAAACGCACGGCUCAUGCUGCAGACGGAGAAUAUCCAGGCUGGCGCGGACGAUUUCAAGGAGAGAUAUGAAAAUGAGCAGCCGUUUCGAAAGGCGGCGGAAGAGGAAAUUAACUCUCUGUAUAAAGUCAUUGAUGAAGCGAAUUCGACAAAAAAGGAUCUGGAGAGUCAAAUAGAAAGCCUGAAAGAAGAACUUGGCUUUCUGUCAAGGAGCUAUGAAGAGGAUGUGAAAAUGCUAUACAAACAGCUGGCAGGGUCUGAGCUGGAACAAUUGGAUGUUCCCAUUGGCACUGGGCUGGAUGACAUCCUUGAGACGAUCAGAGUUCACUGGGAGAGAGAUGUCGAAAAGAAGUGGGCGGAAGCGGGAGCCUUGCUCCAAGCUAAGCAACAGACGGAGGUGGCCCGCAGGGCCCAGACCCAGGAAGAGAAGCUGGCUGCUGCCCUCAGGGUGGAGAUGCACAACACUUCCUGCCAAAUCCAGAGCCUGCAGGCUGAGACGGAAUCCUUACGGGCCCUGAAACGAGGCCUGGAGAACACCUUGCACGACGCCAAGCACUGGCACGACAUCGAGCUGCAGAACCUGGGCGCCGUGGUCAGCAGGCUGGAGGCGGAGCUCCGGGAGAUGCGCACAGAGGCGGAGCAGCAGCUGCAGGCCCGCGAGCACCUGCUGGCACACAAGUGCCAGAUGCAGCGGGACGUGGCGUCCUACCAUGCGCUGCUGGACCGCGAGGAGAGCAGGGUCAGCAGCUCUUGGGUUUAUCAACAUAAAUGUGCUUCUUGGGCAAGAGUUGUGCUCGUGGCGGGCAAGAUUGCCACCACUGGAGGCAAAAGCAACGUUCUUGCUACAGAGGGGGUCUGUGUGUAUCAUGACCACAGGCGUCACAAAAGACCAGAGAAGAGCUCCCGACGGACUCCUCCGAAAGCGCAGACAGGCUCUAUUUCCAGACAAGCAUCUGGUGAUGGGCCUGGGGCUGCCAGUGGUCAUCAGGGACAGCGCUUGGAUAGAAGAGCUGGUCUCAGAGCUCAGGAGGGCCAGGGCGAGCCGGAACACGCUGACACCUCUUCACCUGUCACUGCCUCUAACCAUGAUGACAUCCAAAAGUAA